AUGUACAUGCACAAAAAUACACACGCACAGACACAUGUACAUACAUACACAGACACAUGUACAUACAUACACAGACACAUGUACGUACAUCCACACACAUACACACACACAUACAUGUACAUACAUGCAGACAUGUACAGAUACACACAUGUACAUACACACAGACACAUGUACACACAGACACAUGUACGUACAUAAACACACACACACACGUACAUACACACACACAAACACACCCUAUAAAAAGUUUCAGUACUUUGUUGUUCACUCACAGAGCCGGGUGCUGCACUCUAGAUGGAGGCAGAGAGCACAGCACACACUCCUUCCUUUGCUUCCACUGCGCUCAGCUAUUGAGCAGUCUGACGGCUCCCAGUGCCAAUGACAGAUCCAGCCUGAGCUCCGAGCCUGCUCAGCAAGACGGCCCUGGGGGACACACUUGCCUCCACCAUAAUUUCCACUCGCCAUUGGCGAGCAGGCGAGUGGAAUUUCAAGGCCUGUUCUAAUG